AUGGAGAGGAGCGACGUGGACGAGAAUGAGAGCUGCUCAAACCCACAAAACACUCUGUGGAAACAAUUUCAAGCCAAAGCCAAGCCGCUGCUCAGCCCCAAGCUGGGCGCCAGAGAGCCCGACGACAAGAAGGAGAAAGGCAUGUGGAUGUUCAAGAAGAUGAAGCGGAAGGAGAGCGUAAUGGACCGGGUGAUCUCCUCCUCGCAGCCCGACCUCCUCUUCUCCUCUCCGCUGGAUGUAGAGACGAAGGAGGCUCAGCUCUGCGGCAAAACGGCCCUGCAGUCGUCUUCCAAGCAGAAGACCGCGAGCCCGAUCAAGCACACGGUGGCUCAACUGGUGCAGUCCCACCAUAAGAGCUCCUCUCUGGGGUCCGCGUGCCUGGAGAUGCUGGCCGAGGCUCCGAGCAGCAGCAGCGGAGGAGAAGCUGCAACAUCUGCACCAAAGCUGGAGACGGAGGAUGAGCAGCAGGUGAGUUCAAAUAAACCUGCGACAGUGUGCACUGAGCGUCUCUUCCCCACAUCAGGCAUGUACAAGCUGGAGAUCGAGCUGAAGAGAGGACACAACCUGGCCAUCCGAGACAGAGGAGGCAGCAGUGAUCCGUAUGUCAAGUUCAAGCUGGCUGGUAAGGAAGUGUUCAGGAGCAAAACCAUCCACAAAAACCUCAACCCUGUGUGGGACGAGAAGACGACUUUACUGCUGGAUUGUCUGAGUGAACCGUUGUAUGUGAAGGUUUUUGACUAUGACUUCGGCCUUCAAGAUGACUUCAUGGGUUCUGCUUACCUUUACAUGGAGUCUCUAGAGCAGCAGAGGACGAUACCUGUAACUCUGGUGCUGAAGGACCCUCACCAUCCCGAUGAGGACCUGGGCUCCCUGGAGCUCACCGUCAACCUGACGCCCAAAGACAGUCCAAUAGAGGAACGACGAGACUCCACGCACAGAGAGGUUAGGAUGUGUCGCUGGAGGCCCUAUGUGAAUAAAACCAUGCUGCUCAGGAGGUCCUGGAAACGAUCCACUAAGCAGCAGCAGUCAACACGUCUCUCAGAGCUACAUCGAAAAUGGCAGCUGUGGAGAGGCAUCGUCAGCAUCGCGCUCAUCGAAGGGCGAAACCUCAUCCCCAUGGACCACAACGGUCUGAGCGACCCAUACGUCAAGUUCAGGCUAGGACCCCAGAAGUACAGAAGCAAGACGGUGCCAAAGACCCUGAGUCCACAGUGGAGGGAGCAGUUCGACCUCCAUCUGUACGAGGAGUCAGGAGGCGUGUUGGAGAUCACAGUGUGGGACAGAGACACCGGGCGGAGAGACGACUUCAUCGGACGCUGUCAGUUGGACCUCUCCACGCUGGCUAAAGAGCAGACGCACCACCUGGAGCUUCCUCUGGAGGAGUCGCGGGGCUACGUGGUGCUGCUGCUCACGCUGACCGCCACCGCUCACGUCUCCAUUGCAGACCUGUCCGUCACACCACUGGACGACCCGCAAGAGCGAACGGAGAUACUCAAACGCUACAGUGUGUUGAAGUCGUUCUCUAACUUGAAGGAUAUCGGCAUCGUGCAGGUGAAGGUCAUGAGAGCUGAAGGACUCAUGGCUGCAGAUGUAAAUGGUAAGAGCGAUCCUUUCUGCGUUUUGGAGCUGAAUAACGACAGACUGCUGACACACACCGUUUACAAGAACCUCAACCCAGAGUGGAACAAAGUCUUCACCUUUAAUGUGAAAGACAUUCACUCCGUGUUGGAGGUGACAGUGUUUGACGAGGACAGAGACAGAAGCGCUGACUUCCUGGGAAAAGUGGCCAUCCCUUUAUUAUAUUUCCGUAACGGAGAGCAGAAGGGAUACGUGUUGAAGAAUAAGGAGCUGACAGGUACGACCAAAGGAGUCAUCUACCUAGAAGUGGAUGUUAUCUACAACACAGUGAAAGCUGCUCUGAAGACCGUCGUCCCUGCUGAGCAGAAGUACAUCGAGGAAGAACCAAAAGUCUCCAAACACUUGCUGCAGCAGAACUUUAACCGUGUGAAGCGAUGCAUCAUGGUCCUGAUCAGCUAUGGGACGUAUAUCAACAGCUGCUUUGAAUGGGAGUCGGCACAGAGGAGCAUCUUCUCCUUCGUGAUGUUUGUGUUGGUGGUCUGGAACUUUGAGAUCUACAUGCUGCCGCUGGCCUUACUGCUGCUGCUGGUCUGGAACUACUUCUUCUCUUCAAGCAGGGACAUAGCAGACAUGACUAUGGAGGCCAUGUUUGAGUGGGAAGAUGAAGAGGAGGAUAAAGACGACAAGGACUCGGAGCACAAAGGCUUCAUGGAUAAACUGUACGCCAUCCAGGAUGUGUUCAUCAGUGUGCAAAAUGCGCUUGAUGAGGUGGCGUCGUACGGAGAGAGGAUAAAGAACACCGUUAACUGGACAGUGCCUUUUCUAAGCUGGUUGGCGAUCACUGCCUUAUUUCUGGCCACAGUUCUUCUCUACCUCAUUCCUCUUAGAUACCUGGUGCUCGCAUGGGGUGUGAAUAAGUUCACAAAGAAGCUUCGUGAUCCGUACAUGAUCGACAACAAUGAGCUUCUUGACUUUCUCUCCAGAGUGCCCUCUGAUGUUCAAGUGAUGCAGUAUCGGGAGCUGAAGGUGGAUCCGGGUCAAAGUCCCAGCAAACGGAAGCGGACGAACCUGAGCUAGCUGCUCCUCUCUGAACACUUUAACAUUUCAACUGUAGAACAAUGUAAACUAUGUUAUUU